CGCAACAUUGGUUCUGCCCACUCUGCUGCGCGGAACCAGUGGUCACAAGCAUCUUAAAACGAUGGAUAUUGGCAACAUUGUCACCGGCGCACCGAUCAACUCCAUCCCUAUCCCGCGUCAGACCAAAUAUACUACAAAAGAGAGCAACCCGUUUCACAAUAAUAUGGAUGGACAGUGCGCCGAGUCCUCAAGCAAAGUCUUGAUUGCUUACAAAAACGCUUCACAGCACCUUAAUUCUUCUGGAAUCAAGGCGGGCUUGGAUAUUCUUAAGGUGGCCACAACUCAGUGGAAACAGGAGAAGAAGACGUGCACCAGCGCAGUCGUGAGCCAGCUGUCCACUGCAAACAACAGUCAUCCUUGCAAGAGAUCUCCACUGGAUCAUCUGGCAGCUUUAGUUCUUCACGGUCAAAAUCGGCACUGCCAGAUUGGUCAGGGACACCGACAAGAUCCACCGCACUCUACCAAGCCGCAGAACUGCAAGCGCAUUGUGGUUCUUGGUGCGCCACGAGUUGGCAAGACCUCUAUCCUAAGAAGAUACCUCCGGGAUGGAUUUGUGGAGGAGUACAAGCCAACCUCUGAGGAUUUCCUCAGGAAACUCUUCCGUAUCCGCGGGGAGACCUACCAAAUAGACAUCCUUGACGCGUCAAGAGAGAGAGACUUCCCAGCCAAGAGAAGACUGUCUAUCCUCACAGGAGAUAUUUUUCUUCUUGUAUUCAGCCUCGAUGACCGCAGCUCUUUCGAGGAAGUGUGCGCCCUGCGCACGGAGAUCCUGGCUGCUAAAUCCAAACUUACCAGAUCCUCGGCGCCGGAGCUUUGCGCACAGCCUCAGGUUCCCCUGGUGGUCUGCGCCAACAAGGUGGACCUCCUGGAAACCGAGAGAGAAAUAUCUGAUGUAGAAGUGCUCCAAGCAUUUGGAGAAGACUGCGCUUACUUUGAAACAUCUGCAAAGGACAGCACUAAUCUAGAAAAAGUCUUCGAGACUUUGGCGAAGCGAGGCGGUCUCCCGACUGAAACUGGCCCUUUUCAGCACCGCAAAGUGUCCCUCCGAUCGUACCAAGCCAUGCGCGUUGGGGCGAAAGGCAGACAAGUCCCGGGGCGAGAUGAUCCCUGCGGCACCCUGUACCCACUAGCCCGUCGGCCGAGCUUUAGCACCGAUCUCAGGCAAGUCAUUGGACCACAAGCAGCAAGAAAGCGUGGGAAAGGACUGGAGAAAUGUCAUAUUCAGUGAGGGACAUGUAGACUGAGAGAAGAAUGAAUUAAACAUUCCCUGUUAGUCA